UUUCACUCGGCCUACUAGAGUUUCGCAAAUGUUUUUGUUAUAUUCUGCCGUUUUAUAUAUGUCUAUAAUUUUUUCAACUAAAUCUGUAGCUACUUUAAUUAAGGGCAUAUAUGGACUAAUAGCUUCUCCAGCGGCCCUUAUAGUCUUUAUAGUCUCUUCCAUUAUGACAGAAGUAGUUGAAUUUUUUAACACGGAUGUUUUAAUUAUAAUAAAACUAUCUUUUAUAUUUUUUGCGUAGCGAUAAAAGUC